AUGGGGGGCGCGGAAGACGCAAAUUUCAAGGAGGGAGACAUCGUGUGGUAUGAAAACGAAUCCUCCAGCCCGGAGGGGGAUGCGGACAACACUCCGUUCAUUCUGUGCCGCAUAGUCCAGGUGAAUGACGACGAUGACGUCAUGUUAUGCAAGCACGACGACCCCAAUGGACGCAUAUUUGUGAGCAGAGUGAAGAACAUACACAGGGCCAACCAUCUCUUUACCUUGGACCAAAAUGACCUGAUAAAACUGAAAUAUAUUAACGAUCCCGCGUUACUGCAUCAUCUCCACGGAAGAUUUAAGAACAAAAAAUUCUACACAAAGAUGGGUCCGCUACUCAUAUUUGUAAACCCCAAUAUGAACUUGAGCCUAAACAAUGAAGAAACCAUUCGCAAGCGCAAGUUUUCGGACACAACUGCCGAGGGGAAUCCGAAUGAAUACACCGUUGCUCAUUCUGCGCUGCGAAAUUUGAGCAUGUUAAAACGGAAUCAGUCCAUUAUCGUGACUGGUGAGUCUGGCUCGGGGAAGAGUGAGAUCACGAAGAAUAUAUUAAACUUUCUGGCCUAUCAAGUGAAGACGCCUCGGGAGGAGACGUGUGAGCAGAAGGAUGUCGCUGCCGCGGAGGAGAGGACAGCCAGCGCACAGGACGACGAGAACGAAGCGAAUCAGUCGGCCGAGAUGAACCAGCGGGAUGAGGCAAGUCAUCCAGAGGAAGCGGGGGAAUCUACCGAGCCGAACCGAGUGAAGCUCACCGAAAUGAUAGCCCACAUGAACGUCAUCCUGGACGCCUUCGGGGGCGCCAAAACGGGAAAGAACAACAACUCCAGUAGGUUAUCCAAGUUUUUUACUCUCCACAUGGACGAGAGUGGGCGCGUGAAGUCAAUGCACGUGAAGAAGUUCCUCUUCGAGAAGGAAAGGCUUAUCGGAAAGAGCGGAACGGGUGACGAGAUGGGCGAAGAGACUGGCGAAGAGAGUGGCGGAGAGAGUGGCGGCAAGACGGACGACGAAACGGGCGGCGAACACGAACGCGAUCGCGAGAAUUCCUUCAACAUUUUUUACUAUAUCCUAAACGGGUCAAGCGACAAGUUCAAGGAAAUGUACUAUCUGAAGGAUGUGAAGUAUUAUAGGAUGUUGCGAUUGAGGGGGUCCAUGCGGAGUGGCAAGACGUUGCGGGUUAACGACAACGCGGUAGAGGGCCACCCAGCGAAGGAGAGACUCUCCUCAACAGUCGAAUCGGCCAAAUUUCUUGAAUUACUAAAAUCAUUUAAUUACAUUUUUGAUGACGACAAAGAAAUCGAUUUUGUCUUCUCUAUCCUCUCGGCAUUGUUACUCCUAGGGAAUAUAGAGACGGUGAAAAAUCUGCGACAGAAAUCUGUGCUUAGAAAGAACCUUCUCUGUGAAAGUUCCAUCAACUACGCAGAGUUACUACAAAUCUUGGAAGAUUCAAAUGAGGAUUUAAUUACGGAUGACAACGUGAAGAGCUUCCUCCUAGCUAGUAAGCUCCUGGGUAUCCGUCCAGAACAACUCGUAAAAUAUUUCACCACACAUUACGUCUUCAACGAUAUUCUACUUAUGAAGGUACAUAACGAAACCAAGAUCCAGAGGAGAAUAGAAGCGUUCAUUAAGACCACUUACGAUGAGUUAUUUAAUUGGGUUCUGCAUAAGGUGAACUGUAAAUUGGUGGUUCUAAUUGGAGGAGGGGUAGAUCAUGAGAAUGGCAGUGAUCAGUCAAACUACAUAAAUGUUCUAGAUUUGGCCUACUUUGAAAAGGGAGAAAAGAAUUCCCUCACCGAAUUACUCGUAAACACUAGCAAUGAAGCGGUGCGUAAGAUGGUCGUGGAUUUUAUGUUCCGACAGAGGAUACAACUGUGUAGGGAAGAAGGCAUAGAGACCUCCUCCUGCCUUAACUUGGACGAAAUAGACAACGAGGGUCUGUACAAUGUGUUGGUUCAGAAAGAGGAAGAGUCGCUCUUUUCCUACUUGGAAUAUCUAUCCAUGAAGAAAGUCACCGAAAAGAAAAAUUUGCACGCCUUAAUAGUGAAGAAGUUUUCCAAGGAGGGUGGGUACAUAAAGGAGGCCUUCUCCAUUGACUCGGGGAAGAAGAGCAGCAAAUCGCUUUCCUCCUUCGUCAUCGUCCACUCAUAUGGUGAAGUUUGUUACUCAUCCGAGGAGCUUAUCAGCCAAAACAUACAAAUACUGACGAAUAACUAUAUUGAUAUGAUGAAGAAGUCGGGCAACCCCUACCUGGAACAACUCUGCUGCAGUUAUGAUUAUGACCCCUCUGGGGACAUCAUGGAGGAGAAGAGACGAUACAGCAUUCAGUCUGCUCUGAAACUGUUCCGACGCAAGUACGAGUCGAAGAAUCAAAUGCCUGUUACCAUGCUGAGGAAUAGCUUGAUCGAAUUGAUGAAGGUGAAGGAGAGUACUUUCUGCCACUUCAUAUUCUGCAUGACGUCGAACCAGAACAGGUUGAGCGGCAGGGGGGAAAUUAUUAACCUGUUUGACGAGCGUGUCGUCCUCGAUCAGGUUCAGAGGAUGUGCCUUUCGCAGUUCAGACAGCUCAAAGGUGCUGGGCUCUUCCCCCACGCCUUUUAUUUCGCGGAGUUGCUGGACCUCUUGGGGGGGGAAGAAGCAAAGGGGGAAGAAGCAGAUGGGGAGGCGGCAAAGAGGGAAGAAGAAGAUGAGGAGGUGGCAAAGGGGGAAGAAGCAGAUGGGGAGGCGGCAAAGAGGGAAGAAGAAGAUGAGGAGGUGGCAAAGGGGGAAGAAGCAGAUGGGGAGGCGGCAAAGAGGGAAGAAGAAGAUGAGGAGGUGGCAAAGGGGGAAGAAGCAGAUGGGGAGGCGGCAAAGAGGGAAGAAGAAGAUGAGGAGGUGGCAAAGGGGGAAGAAGCAGAUGGGGAGGCGGCAAAGAGGGAAGAAGAAGAUGAGGAGGUGGCAAAGGGGGAAGAAGCAGAUGGGGAGGCGGCAAAGAGGGAAGAAGAAGAUGAGGAGGUGGCAAAGGGGGAAGAAGCAGAUGGGGAGGCGGCAAAGAGGGAAGAAGAAGAUGAGGAGGUGGCAAAGGGGGAAGAAGCAGAUGGGGAGGCGGCAAAGAGGGAAGAAGAAGAUGAGGAGGUGGCAAAGGGGGAAGAAGCAGAUGGGGAGGCGGCAAAGAGGGAAGAAGAAGAUGAGGAGGUGGCAAAGGGGGAAGAAGCAGAUGGGGAGGCGGCAAAGAGGGAAGAAGAAGAUGAGGAGGUGGCAAAGGGGGAAGAAGCAGAUGGGGAGGCGGCAAAGAGGGAAGAAGAAGAUGAGGAGGUGGCAAAGGGGGAAGAAGCAGAUGGGGAGGCGGCAAAGAGGGAAGAAGAAGAUGAGGAGGUGGCAAAGGGGGAAGAAGCAGAUGGGGAGGCGGCAAAGAGGGAAGAAGAAGAUGAGGAGGUGGCAAAGGGGGAAGAAGCAGAUGGGGAGGCGGCAAAGAGGGAAGAAGAAGAUGAGGAGGUGGCAAAGGGGGAAGAAGCAGAUGGGGAGGCGGCAAAGAGGGAAGAAGAAGAUGAGGAGGUGGCAAAGGGGGAAGAAGCAGAUGGGGAGGCGGCAAAGAGGGAAGAAGAAGAUGAGGAGGUGGCAAAGGGGGAAGAAGCAGAUGGGGAGGCGGCAAAGAGGGAAGAAGAAGAUGAGGAGGUGGCAAAGGGGGAAGAAGCAGAUGGGGAGGCGGCAAAGAGGGAAGAAGAAGAUGAGGAGGUGGCAAAGGGGGAAGAAGCAGAUGGGGAGGCGGCAAAGAGGGAAGAAGAAGAUGAGGAGGUGGCAAAGGGGGAAGAAGCAGAUGGGGAGGCGGCAAAGAGGGAAGAAGAAGAUGAGGAGGUGGCAAAGGGGGAAGAAGCAGAUGGGGAGGCGGCAAAGAGGGAAGAAGAAGAUGAGGAGGUGGCAAAGGGGGAAGAAGCAGAUAAGGAAGAAGCAGAUGAGGAAGAAGCAAAUGGGGAGGCGGCAAAGGGGGAAGAAGAAGAUAAGGAAGAAGCAUAUGAGGAAGAAGCAGAUGGCGAAGCUGCAGAGGGGGCGGGACUGGAUUCUCCACACGAAGACGCCAAGCAGCGUGUCGAAGAUAUGAUAAAGUCCUACAACAUCAGUAAGAGCGAAUGGGCCAUGGGAGAAAACCGAAUCUUCCUCACGGAUGUCUCUUUAAAAAUUCUGAUGCAGAGAAAGUGGGAACAGUGCAUGCACAGGAUGAUUCCAAAGUGGGGUGCAGCAGUGAAUGCUCAUCAGGGGGCACACCCUGGGGGGGAAGAAUUUACCUCCAAGGUAGCAGGGUUGUUAAACCUAGAGUGUGUGAGAAUCAGCCAAGUGUACAAGAAAGAGGAUGCUGAAAUGAUCUACAAGAUGAUGAAAGAAGGAAUGGAUUCUGAUUCGAAAAACGAAAACACAUAUCUUAAGUACAUCAUGGAAAUUAUGAACCUGAGAAGAAUAUCGGAGAUGUAUAAUUUCGGAGGGGACAAAGCAGAGGACAAAACGGGGGAAGGAUCCAUGGAAAGAGGGGGAGACUCCUACCAUAAACAAGGCAGUGAUCUCAAUCAAGACGCAGUACAGAUGUGUGGUAUUAUGAAUAUAUUAAAUAACGUGCCUACUUGCAACGGGAAGGUGAGUGAUCUGGAUGAGGCCCUGAAGGGAAGCCGCACCUGCGGCAUGGGAAUGCCAAACUUCUGCGGCGGGGACUCGCCGUCUAGGGAGAUAGUGUCGCAGGGAAGCGCGGAUGCGAGUGUAGUGGCUGAUGUUGAGAGGGGAGAAGUAGACCGGGAGGAGGUACAACAGGGAGAAGUGGAUCGGGAGGAAGUAAAACAGGCAGAAGUGCACCUGGACGGAGUCCAACCUGAGGAAGGAGAACUGGAAGUUGCCGAAGAAGGCAAAGCGAACGGAGAGACAGCCGAGGAGGAGCAAUUGAAUGAGGAGCAGUUAAGUGAGGAAGCCCCCGAGGAUGACCUGCCCAAGGAGGAGCUCCCCCCUGUGGACGCCACAAACAGUGACGAACAGGAAGAGAAGAGAAGAGGCACCGUGAGCAUCAACACGGCCGAUGCAGGAGAAUCGCAGGAGCAGGAGGUAGAUGUGGAAAGGGCUGGCUCUGUGCCGGUGGAGGUAGACGCCGAUAAGGCAGGUGAGGAUGGCGCGGAGGAGGCGACGGAGGAAGUAGAGGUGGUCGAUUUGAAAGAUGAAGGAGCCGAGGAGGAAGAGGUGGAGGCGGAGAAAGAUGAGCCCAAGGAGGAAGCGGCGGAGGAAGUGGAGGUGGUCGAUUUGAAAGAUGAAGGAGCAGAGGAGGUACGGGUGGAGGCAGAAGUGCAGGAAAAGGUGGAAAUGGCGAAAGAUGAAGAUAAGGAAAUUUCUAUGAAGGAACAAGAGGUGGACGGAGUGGCAGAGGAACCAAAGGAGGGGGAGGUAAAGGUGGAAACGGAGGUGGAAGCAGAGAUGAAAGAAGAGGUGAAGGAAGAGGUGAAGGAAGAGGUGAAGGAAGAGGUGGAAGCAGAGGUGGAGGCAGAGGUGGAGGCAGAGGUGAAGGAAGAGGUGGAAGCAGAGGUGAAGGAAGAGGCGAACGAGGAAGCGAUCGCAGCGGACGAAGUGGAGGCACACGAAGAGCCGGAAGACGUAGAAGAGAAAAUGCCCCAAGCAGAGGAACUAAACGAGGAGAAGGUACAGGGGGAGGUGGCGAAAGAUGAGCCGAAGGAGGAAGCGAUCGAAACGGACGAAGUGAAGGCACACCAAGAGCCGGACAACGUAGAAGAAGAGAUGCCCCAAGCAGAGGAGCUCGAGGUGCAGGCACUGGAAGUAGAGGUAGACGAGAUGAACCCGUUCACCGAGACAGAUGCAGCGGAGGACAUGAACCCAUUCCCCGAGACAGAUGGAACCGAGGAGAUGAACCCGUCCACCGAGACAGAUGCAGUGGAGGGAAUGAACCCACCCAGCGAGAAUGGUGCAGCCGAUGAAGUGAACCCCCAGCAUCAAGAGGAGGAAAACUCGACGAAGGACGAAACGAAGAACUCGAAGGAGGAAGCUGCAGAUGAGGAAUACAUUGACUACAGUCUGAACUGCUUCAAAGCAAUGGCAUCGAAGAAGAUAGGAGAAUUAAAUAAGAUGUUGCUAAGUUGCGCUGGAGAUGAAGUGAACAUGAUUCAGAACAUGAUGGACUGUUACAUAUGUACCGAAGAAGGGCAACAUUAUGAGCAUUGCUUUAUAGAACCCAAUUUUGGGAACCUCUUAGAUGCAGGGAAAGACGGGUUCAGAGAAUACACACCAGAAUUAAGGAACCCAAAGCAGAAGCACUUACUGUUGAGCCACCUAAAUGAGAAGUACAUCACCAAGUCGGAUGAAAAGAUGCAUCUAAUAGACAUUUUAAAAAACAUGAUCACUAGCAUGGAAAAUGUACACAACAGAAAAUGGAAUAUUUUCUUUACCUCCUCCGAUUAUUACUUUAAAUCGUAUAUCUCCGACGAAGAUCAUCUGUGUUUGCAAAAUGAUUCCGUCGAUUUAGACAAAAAUGUUAUGUUUAACGAAGAGUGCAAUUAUUACAAAAACAAGAAGGACAAAGUGCAUAGGCAUAGAUAUAGUCCCAUUGUGGAGUAUUUAACUCUCCCGACGCAGAAGGAUAUCCACGAAAUAUGUCUUUCCAACAAUGCAGAUAAAAAGUAUAUAAAAGAUAAUUACACGAUUCUUUGUUUCCGAUCGAGGAAGGGUUCUAAAUUGGAUUUCAUGAAUGCCAAGGCGUUCUAUACAUCUAUAGAAUACAAAAAAGUGAAGACGAAAAACAUAACUCAUGUGCACACUGACUUCUCCUACAUGGAUGACAAGAUGAAGUUCAAUUUCAAGCAACACGUAAUUAAUGAAUUUAUUAACAAUCCCAAUAUCAGCAUGGAGGAGUUAGGAAGCAGCUUACUCAAUUUGGCAACCUACUUUUACUACGAAAACAGGGGCUCCUGGUGUGUCUUCGUGUCGAAGAAGCGCGACCUCACGGGAGUCAUCAACAUCGUUAAGAAUAGGUACAUACGCAUGACGGCGAAGAAUAAGAGGAAGAAGUAUCACAUCGUGCUCUUCGAGACGCCCGUCUGA